AUCCCUGGCACUUAUCUUGAUCCACGUGUUUUUAUUUGUUUCCGCAUUAAUACUUAACCUGCAUUAGCUUAGCUGCGAAGGUUUGAUGAGCUAUGAUUGGACAGGUGACCGUUUUCAGGCGUUGAGCGUUAUGUUGUGAGCUGUCUGCUACUAUUUCCCAGCUCCACAGAGAGGGACUCACAUGAGGGGCCACAAAGUUGCAGAAGUAACAGAGGAUCCCAUGUCUCCUCUCUUUAGUCUCCCUGACAGCAUAUUUGGAGAAUAUCACCUACAGCAUACAUCCCAUGGAGCCUGUAGGUAGCAGCCUAUCAUGAAUUAAAAACUUGUAGAAACUCACCAACAUACAGAAGCUCAAAUCGGUCUUCAUUUAAACUUCCAUCCAUCCAAAGCAGGAGCGUCUCCAGCACGUUUCGCCCUAACCUCUUGGCCCCUGUAUCUGUAAAACUAAACAGAAUGACUGCCACUGUUUGUAAGAAAUGGGACUGAGAUGAGGACAGUGAUGAUGAUGGGGGUUGACCACAUCAGGAAAGAAGACCGCCUCCCUCUUCAGGGUCAAACUAAACAUCUUCUCUGGGCUGUCCUAUCUAUCAAGCCACUUGCACGCAGUUAGAGAGCUUUAAUUUAACCAAACCCAUGACCCAACAUUGCCCAUAGUGCAGCGGUGGAUUGAUUUAAAGUGAAGGCAGGCCAUCGAGGAGGACGCUGAAAAGAUAUGAAAUAACUCCUGAGCUUUUAAUGUGUUCGGCGGAUGGAAAAACCAUGAGGAUGCCUGUCUCUGCAGUUUCUCUGAUCCUGUUUGCUGUGAUGCUGAUCAGCACAAAGGCCAAUAAUUGUGUGUGCAAUGGAAACUCAAGAUGCCACUGUGAAGGAUUAAAAGGCAACAGGGGUGAGAGAGGUUUACCAGGAGACACGGGUCCCCCGGGGACAGUAGGGCGUCCAGGAGCUGAUGGACAUGCUGGACCUAUGGGACCAAAGGGCAACAUUGGGCCUGAAGGACGAGUGGGACCAAAAGGCGAUCCGGGGCCAAAGGGCAAAGACGGAUUUGCUGGGUCUCACGGUGCACCUGGUAUCCCAGGUUUGCAAGGGAUUCCAGGCCUCCCAGGGGCCCCAGGCUGUAAUGGCACAGAUGGAGAAGAUGGACCUCCUGGUAUUCCCGGUGACCAUGGCAUAGAUGGACCACCAGGUCGACCAGGUCCGCGUGGGCCUAAGGGGAAAUCCACGUUGUCAUUGCACUCAACACCAGGGCCGUCUGGGCCACCUGGGAGGAAAGGAGAGCAGGGUUAUCAAGGUGUCCGCGGACAGCAUGGACAGCAAGGAGGCCCUGGACCAACAGGCUCUGCUGGGUUUCCUGGACACCCAGGGCCUCCAGGUUUGAAGGGUCAGGAAGGACGACCAGGUGGUUUCCCAGGGCCUCGUGGUCCAAAGGGGAGACAGGGACCAAUGGGUCCACCGGGGCCACCAGGUCGGGUCAAGGAGUUUUUCACCGGAGGUCAUUUGCUCAAGGGUGAAAAAGGAAACAAAGGAGAUUUUGGAGAAAAGGGUUGCAAGGGUGAACCAGGACAUCCUGGUCAGACUUACUACUACAGAGGACCAAAGGGAGACAGAGGACUGCAGGGUUCAGAAGGAAAACCAGGGAAAGAUGGUGACCCUGGACAGUCUGGAUUCCAGGGGAGGCCUGGCCAUAGAGGUGAUCCAGGAUAUCCAGGGGCGACAGGAAGGCUGGGUGAAAAGGGAGAUCGGGGUCCUCCUGGUCCACCUGGAGAUAUACUUGGGAUUGUGACUGAACCACUCAAAGGAUAUCGAGGAGAUACUGGCCCCCCAGGCCAACCCGGGCUCCCUGGGCCUAGAGGUGUUGUAGGGUUUCCAGGACCUGGUGGACCUCCAGGUCUGGUGACUGGGAUCUAUGUACCAGGCCCCCCGGGUCCACCUGGUUUUCCAGGCCCAAAGGGAGACCCUGGAGAGCCAGGGGGUGGUUACAGAGGACCUCCAGGUAUAGACGGAGACCCUGGUGAUCAAGGGCUAACUGGGGAUGCUGGGCCACCUGGACCUCCUGAAGACAGCACAAACAAGGUUAUCAAGGGUCUCCCAGGCAUGAAAGGAGUGAGGGGUGGGGUUGGACCCCGUGGACAUGAUGGGACAUAUGGAAUGAAAGGAGAAAAGGGGGAACCUUGUUAUGAGUGUUUCACAUCAGGACCCAUCGGACCACCAGGUCCCCAUGGGCCACCUGGUCUACCUGGCAGUCCUGGUACUACAAAAGGGACCAAAGGUGAUCCAGGGUUCCCAGGACCAACAGGCGCCCCUGGAAUACCUGGUCCUAAAGGUAGAGAUGGAUACCCAGGCCCUCCUGGACAAAAAGGAGACUCAUCUCCCUAUGUCACCCCUGGGAUAAAAGGAGAAACAGGCGACCCAGGACAACCCGGCAGGCCAGGUCUUGAUGGUAUCCCUGGGUUUCCUGGUGUGCCUGGUCAAAAAGGAGAUCGAGGACCUCCAGGGGAUUCGUAUCCUUACACAGGGGCUGAGGGAGACCCUGGUUUCUGGGGUCAACCAGGACCUGUGGGCAGACCUGGACCUGAUGGUUACCCUGGGCCAGUGGGAUAUGGGCCUCCUGGGUUUCCAGGAAGUAAGGGAGAUGUUGGAAUACCUGGCCUGCCAGGACUGCCUGGAAUUCCAGGCCAGAAAGGUGAACCAAGCCACAUUCACAUCCCAGGACCUCCUGGACCUCCUGGAUUUAAAGGUCAACGGGGCAUACCUGGGGGCACAGGCAUUAAAGGAGUUCCAGGUACUCCAGGAUUUCCAGGUCUUCCAGGACAGAAAGGAGAAAUAGGUGAUGUUUCAAUUCCAGGAAGGCCAGGGAGCCCAGGACCUAAAGGUGACAAAGGGCUGCCAGGUCCUAUAGGUUUUCAAGUUCGGGGUCAGCCUGGUCGGCCUGGUCCACAAGGUUCACCUGGUGCUCUAGGACCAAAGGGUGAUGGCGGUCCUGGACACCUUGGUCCACCUGGACCUCCAGGGGGUCAAGGACCAGAUGGGGCUCAGGGGCCUGUGGGAGAUCCUGGAACCUCUGGCCCACCAGGGACUCCAGGACGAGAUGGCAAUCCUGGGUAUCCUGGACCAAAAGGAGAUAAAGGUUUUUAUGGCCCCAGUGGACCACCCGGUGAUAAAGCGUCUUGUAAAGGUGAGCCUGGACCAAAGGGACUACCAGGACCAGAUGGUUAUCCAGGACAUCCAGGACCUGAUGGCUCACCCGGUGAAAAGGGGAACAGAGGUUUACCAGGAUUUGGUCGUCCUGGUGCUCCUGGUGAGCCAGGUCUCACUGGACCAUCAGUUCCUGGACCGCAGGGGCUUCCUGGACAAAAAGGCAAAAAGGGACAAAAGGGUUUACCUGGUGGACCAGGACCAAGAGGAGAUUCUGGGCCAGAGGGGAUACCAGGAUAUGGACCAGAUGGAUUACCUGGACCUCCAGGACAACCAGGCCUAAUAGGUGGCACUGGUCGGGACGGAGCCAGAGGACUCCCGGGGCGUCGAGGUAUGGAUGGAGACCCAGGUCCCAAAGGUCCCCCAGGCCCUCUACAACCACCAUCAGAGAUCAUUUUGGGGCCACCAGGUGACUCUGGUUAUCCAGGUCAGCCUGGUCUGCCCGGUCCUCAUGGAGACACUGGAAGAAUGGGAUCACCAGGCCAGAGAGGGAGAGGAGGGGCACCUGGAGACCCUGGACUGAGAGGUCCCCCGGGUGAUCCAGGUAUUGAUGGAUCAACUUCAGAAGGAAGACCAGGACCUGCUGGGGUCCCUGGCGACCCAGGAAUCGGAGGACCCCCUGGUCCACAAGGUAGAAAAGGAGAACAAGGAAUCCAUGGAGGACAUGGUCCAGGUGGUGCACCAGGUCCACCUGGUCCCAAAGGAGUAACUGGAGAGCCAAACUACUCUGGGUAUGGACUGCCUGGACCAAGAGGACAAAAGGGUGAACCAGGACUGAUUAAUACACAUGCGAUGAAGGGCCAGAAAGGUGAGCCUGGUCCUUUUGGACCUCCAGCUCCACCAGGAAACAGAGGCAGCAAAGGAAACCCAGGAGGUUUUGGGCGAAGGGGGCCACAAGGCUACCAGGGGCCUAAAGGUAUAGGUGGACCUCCAGGAGGCAAGGGACACACAGGACUAACUGGACCAGCAGGUAACCCAGGUCCGCCUGGUGUAGGUGGUUAUCCUGGGCCAAAAGGCAACCAGGGCAAGGAUGGAUACCCUGGACCACCUGGCCAGAAAGGAGAGAUGUCUAUAACUGGAGGGAGACCUGGCAGGCGUGGUGAUCCAGGGCAACAAGGUCCUCCUGGGGACACUGGUCCUCCUGGUUUUUCUGUUACAAAUCCACCUGGACGCCCAGGAGACAGAGGGCCUCCAGGUCCACCCGGAGCCCGUGGUCCGAGGGGACUUCUAGGAAGAGAUGGCCCUUGUGUACCUGGGAUAAAAGGAGUACAUGGUUAUCCUGGGAGACCCGGCAGCUCAGGCUAUCCUGGCCCACCUGGACCCCCAGGGCCCACAGUUCCAGGAGCAAAAGGAGAACAAGGGGACCCUGGUCCUACCGGAAGCCCAGGCUUUAAUGGACCCACAGGAGAUCCAGGCCCUCAAGGACCCCCUGGUCGAGGAGGAAGACCUGGAGACCCAGGCCCAAGAGGUGAUCCUGGUCCUCCUGGAUAUCAAGGCCCCCUUGGUGAAAGGGGAGAUCCUGGAUACAGGCGAGGCCCCCCUGGUCCACCUGGGGUGAAAGGUGUUCCUGGACGACCUGGCCGUAAAGGAGAACCAACUUAUGGUGGUGUGAUACCUGAACCCGGAGAUCCUGGCUUUUCUGGUCCACCAGGAAAUAAAGGGGCCCAAGGGAGAUCUGGACCACCAGGACCACCUGGCCAACCAGGUCAUCCAGGGAUCAAAGGACAGCAUGGCAGAAGCCCACCUGGACAGCCUGGAUUUCCUGGACUCAAAGGAGACAAAGGCUCAGCAGGAGUGCCAGGUUUAGCAGGGCCACCAGGAAAUGCAGGCCGCAAGGGUCCUCAAGGGUUGCCAGGUGGAGCUACUCUAGCGUACAUUGACAGUUUCCUGAUAGCCAGACACAGUCAGAGUACUCGUAUCCCUGAAUGUCCUCAUGGUAGCACCCUCAUCUACUCUGGUUACUCCUUCCUCUUUAUGAACGGCAAUGAGAGAGCUCACGGUCAGGACCUUGGCACCUCAGGAAGUUGUCUCCCCCAUUUCUCCACCAUGCCCUUCAUGUUCUGUGACACAGAAACUAACUGCCGCUAUGCUUCUCGUAACGACUAUUCCUACUGGUUGUCCACUGAUGAGCCUAUGCCAGCCAACAUGGUUGCUAUCACAGGAGAAAGGCUCGCCUCCUUCAUCAGCAGGUGCUCAGUGUGUGAAAUCACCUCCAAUGUCAUCACCGUGCACAGCCAGACAACUCUGAUACCUGACUGUCCCCGAGGCUGGGAGUCCUUGUGGACUGGAUACUCAUUUGUCAUGCAAACAGGUGUGGGAGCAGAGGGCUCCUCACAGCCGCUAGUGUCUCCUGGCUCAUGUCUGGAAAGUUUCCGCCAAGUGCCCUUCAUUGAAUGUCAUGGCAGGGGGACGUGUAACUACUACCCUGACUCCUAUAGCUACUGGCUGUCCUCCCUAGACCCCUACAACAUGUUCAGUAAACCUGUUCCUCAGACGGUAAAGGGGCCUUCUCUACAAACUAUCAUCAGUCGAUGCCGUGUCUGCAGGAAACCAUUGGCGUAUAAUAGAGAAUUUCCACGUGGGGACAGUUUUUAAUACUUUGUAUUUACUUUUUAAUGGAAGCUGAAGAGAAUAUAUAAAAAUGUGGGAUUAAACAGUCUGUGUUGUGUGCAGAUUACAUAUAAAUUGUUAAAUCAGUGUUUUUUUUGGUCACAAAUCUGUGUUUAUGAGACUUACAGUAACUCUGAAUAAAACUGACUUCAGCACAUUCUACCAAAUUGCCAAUCGUCUUUAAUGGCAGGGAUAUUAAUAUUCAUAGAAGUUAAUUCAAAAUGUAGUGAACCAUUUUAUCUGUAUGCAAGGCCUCCCAUAAGGGAGGAAAGAGGGGAGAGCUUUCUGUGGCCCAGCAGAAUGGGGACCCAUCAAGGUCAAGAAAAUCAUGGUCCAUUGUAAAGUUAACCAUAUUUUAUAUCUAACCUGAAUAAUAGUUACCCUAAUCAAGCAAAAAAAAAAUGAACUUAAUUUAUUUGUUUAUGCUGUAUUGCAGUAAAGCCUUUUUAAAAUGAAAACCCAUUUUCAUAAAAGAGAAUUAUCUUUUUUGGUAAUGUUAACAAUUAAGAUGGGCACAUUAAACUAAACCAUUUCAAAGUAAUGAGCAUGAUGAGAAUGAAUAUCAGGACAGCAGAAAAAAGUAGAAGCAGCUUAUAUACCUUUAAGGGAAAUUUGUUUAUUAAUUGUGAAAAGAUGCAAGAAAAAUAAGCAAAAAUGGGUCCCAAGUGACAAAAAUUGGCUGGAAAAAAGUGGUUUCAGAGUAGUAAAAAUGGGUUAAAAUUGGCAGGUCAAAAGUGGGCAUGUAAAGAGUGACAAAAAUUGGCAGAAAUGGGUUAAAAAAGAACAAUUAGAUGGUGCCAAAAAUUAGCCAAGGCAAAAAGGGGCAAAUAACAGCUGGGUAAAAAUGGUGAAAAGCAAUAAAAAGUAGCAAAAUGAACAUCUGCAAGAUGGGCUACAGAAGGCAAAAAUAGGCUGGCAAAUAUAUGCAAAAUUCUGAAAAAAUGGGUUAAAAGUGGCAAAAAUGGGAGGAAAGAGUGAUGAAAAGGGAUCUAAAAUGGCAUGAAUACGUUAGUAGUUGAACGUCAAAACCCAGUAGUAGUUUGACACAUUUUCCGCUCCAAAAUGAAGUAACUGUUAGCCAGAACACUAGCGCCAGUGCUACUGAUUCUACACAUAUGCACUGAUAUCAUCAAUAAAUCACAACUAGGGAGGGCCCAUGUGCUGUUUUUUUAUUCAGGAGUCCAGCCAAUUCUUUGGGCAGGCCUGUCUGUAUGUGUGCAACGUGUUAUUCUAAUGAUUUACUCAGGCCUCACUUAUAGCUGGUAAUAAUCAGAAAGGUUCCUCAAGCCUCAAGUCUCGUUUACUGCAAAGCUUCCCCUCCAAGAUUCUUGUUUAAUUUGAGCUUUUUUCUUGUAUUAAAGCUGACUGGAACCUAGAAUUUGACCAUGUACAUAUCCACUCACCCCCUGUCACCAACAUGAUUUUAUUACCAUUUCCACGUGACUGAAAGUGUCCUGGAAAAGCGUGACAACACACACUGAUUUGUGCAGCCUAUAACUAGCCUACUGAGAACUAAUGAACUCAUCUGUUUAGUGCUGAUGUGUUUGCAGUUUAGUUCUAAGUGAACUCACAGGACCGAUGCGGUCUGGAAAAUGGUUGCAGUAUGAGGUCACAACAAAUGGCACACUCCACAAUGACGUGAGUGUUGUACACUAAAGCAUUUAGAGAGGAAGCAGGAUGCUUUGGAAUUGUUGUGUUGCUGUGUUUUGAGUAAUUUGUGCCUUCACUCCAACAUCAUCUCUUUGAACUCCACCAUGUUAAAUGGAGCAUGGAAAUUAUUGCAUUUUAUGACUCAUACUCCCUGAAACUUUUUCCACUCAAUUCCAAAUGAACUGAUGGGAUGCAAAUCUUUGGCUCUCUCUGUGGCUCGGGGACUUCAGAAUGUAUAUUUAGCACUUGGAAUAUUUUUGUGGAAUGUUAUUUUCCCCUGACAUAAACCUCUUAUUUGUUGGCUAA